AUGCCCCGGGAAACGGGAACUACAUCUCCCGCAGUGCCCCAAGAGGAAAUGGCGACUGCCCUGGUGUGUCACUGCCCCGCGUCGCAGUGCGCAUGUGGUCGGGUGGCGGCUGAGGUGGCGGAGUCGGCGGUGGCUGAAGCAACCACAAUGUCAAAUAAGGAGGUGAAGGCAACAUUAAAGAGUGCUAGAGAUGCAAUAAGAAAUAAACAGUAUAAGGAGGCCUUAAAACAUUGCAAGGCAGUUUUGAAGCAAGAAAAAAAUAACUACAAUGCUUGGGUAUUCAUUGGCCUGGCAGCUGCUGAGUUAGAGCAGCCUGAUCAGGCCAAAGGAGCAUACAAGAAGGCUAUUGAACUUGAACCAAACCAGUUACUGGCAUGGCAGGGAUUAGCAAAUUUGUAUGAGAAACCCAACCAAACAGAUGUCAAAGAAGACUUAGCAGAUGUUUACCAAAAACUCUUGGAACUUUAUGAAAGUGGUGACAAGCAGAAAUGGUGUGAUGUAUGUAACAAGCUUGUGGAACUAUACCAUCAAGAAAAGAAAUAUUUAGAGGUGGCUGAAACUUGGCAGAAACUAAUAAGGAUGAAACAGGAGGAAGGUGCAGAAAAGGCAGAGCUUCAUCAGCUCUGGAAGAAGAUGAUCCAGUUACUGAAAGACAGUACAAGGAACCAGGAUAAUAAGACUGAGCAGUUGCUUUUGACUGCAUUUGAACAUGCGCUGCACUCUGCUGACACCGUUCCUGGUGAAGACCACCAAAAUCUUUACAAAGACUUCAUACAGUGCUUGUCAAAAUUUCCUCAUGAAGUAGCUAGGUUGGAAAAGGCCUGUCAUGAUAUGAUGGCUUUGUACCCUACUGUGAGUUACCCUUUGGAAGUACUUUGCUUGCACUUUGUUCAGUCAGGUACUUUGUCGGAAAAGGCCCUACACUGUUUCUCUAGGCUUUUGGAGAUGGAUGCAAACAGUGGUCCUGGCAUCAUUUGUUUUGGUAUAAAAUGCCUCAAAGAAAAUAAAUACAAGGAGGCUGUUAAGAGUCUUACUGAAGGUUUGCAGAAGACUAACCAGUGUCCAGCAGCAUGGUAUUAUCUGGCAGAGGCGCAGAUGAAAAUCCGUGAACACAGAAACGCUGUCCUGUCCUGCAAUCAAGCUCUUGAGGCUCUUGGAACUCCUGAGAGUCCUAAUCUUCCAUGGAAGAACCUUGCCUUUCAGUUGAAAGCAGAGAUUUUGAUUAAAAUAGCUGAUGCUGAUGCUGCAGAAGAAGCGAUUAAAGCACUUGAGCAGAUUAUAGAUGGAAGCAGUGAUCCAGUGAUUUCAGCUCUCAGGGGUCAGGCUUAUCUUAACAAAGGUUUAAUGGAUCAGGCUUCAAAGAUUUCACAAGAGCUUCUCUUGUCCCACCCUGAUGUGGCUGAGGCCCAUGCUCUAGAGGGUUUCAUCCAUUAUUCCCAAAAGAACUAUGAACAGGCAGAAAAAAGUUUUCUAAAUGCUAUUGAAAGAAAGGCUGGAACUGCAGAGUAUCAUCAGUACCUAGGGCUCACAUACUGGUUCAUGAGCGAUGAGACAAAAAAAGACAAAGGAAAAGCACUCACUCAGUUCCUGAAGGCUGCAAAAUUGGACAGCUACUUGGGAAGGGCCUUUUUUUAUCUAGGUAACUACUACAGAGACAUUGCUGGAGACAAAAGUAGAGCUCGUGGUUGCUAUAAAAAGGCUUUUGAACUGGAUGAGACGGAUGAAGAAUCUGGAACAGCAGCUGUCAACCUAAGUGUGGAACUUGGAGACAUGGACACUGCCCUGUCAAUCCUGAAUAAGGUAACUGAAAAAGCAAGACCUGGUACAGCAAAAUGGGCCUGGCUUCAUCGUGGUCUUUACUACUUGAGAACUGGUCAGCCAUCACAAGCAGUGUCUGAUUUGCAGGCAGCUCUAAGGGCUGAUCCAAAGGAUUCCAACUGCUGGGAGUCUCUAGGGGAGGCUUACUUCAACAGAGGUAGCUACUCAACAGCUCUGAAAUCCUUCAGGAAAGCAACUGAGCUGAACCCAGGGCUCGUGUACAGCAUUUACAGAGCUGCAGCACUUGAGCAGAUUCUAGGCAAAUACAAAAAUGCUAUUGCUACCUAUCAACAAAUAUUAAAGAAGACAGAAAACUAUGUGCCUGCAUUGAAAGGACUUGGCGAGUGUUAUCUCAUGCUGGCAAGAUCAGCCCUUGGCAACUAUUUGGAUAGGAAGGCUGUGGAUUACAUAGAGCAGGCCCUUGCAUAUUUUACAAGGGCAGUAGAGCACCGUCCUGAUGUAUCUUGCCUCUGGAAACUGUUAGGAGAUACCUGUACUAGUGUGCAUGUUAUUUCACCAACCAAAGUGAAUGUUCAAGUACUAGGAUCCCUUCUGAGUAAAAAUGCAACCAAACAGGUGCUGAAGAAAAAUGAGCUUCUCAUACUGGGAGGAAGGUGUUAUGGCAGAGCUUUAAAGCUGAUAUCUUUGCCUAGCAUAUGGUGUGAUCUUGGAAUAAAUUAUUAUCGCCAAGCGGAGCACCUCACACCAGUUGGCACUGACAAGAAUGAGAUCAGUGAACUGCUAGAGAAGUCUUUGCAGUGUCUCAAAAAAGCAGUGAGACUUGACAGCAAAAAUCAUCUUUAUUGGAAUGCACUUGGUGUAGUUGCUUCCUGUAGUGCUAUUGGGAAUUAUGCUCUUGCACAACAUUCGUUCAUCAAAUCUGUUCAAGCUGAGCAAAUUAAUGUUGUUGCCUGGACCAACUUGGGGGUUUUGUAUCUGGCAACUGGAAACAUAGAGCAAGCUCAUGAAGCCUUCAAGGUAGCCCAGUCUCUGGAACCUUCUUACCUGUUGUGUUGGAUUGGACAGGCUCUUAUUGCAGAGACUGUAGGCAGCUAUGAUACCAUGGAUCUCUUCAGGCAUACGACUGAACUCAGUAUGCAUGCUGAGGGAGCAAAAGGCUAUGCCCACUGGGUAUGUUCAACGCUGCAGGAUAAAGCCAACAGAAACACUGUACUGUAUCUGUACAACAUUGUUCAAAUGAAUGCUAUACCAGCAGCCCAAGUGGUCUUGAGCAAAUACACAGAAAGAAAUCCAGAUGAUGCUUCUGCUUUCACUAUGUUUGGGUUUUUGAAUGAGUAUCUGCAUCUAAAACAGCAGGCAGCCUAUGCCUAUGAGAGGGCAGCUUCACUGCUGAAAAACUCAGAGGAUACUGAGAAAUACAAUACAGCAAUGCAAAACUAUGGCAGGUCACUAUGUGCUCUUGGGCGGUGUGAUGAGGCCAUUGAAGUUUACACAUCAAUACCGCUAACAGAGUUCGAUGGCAUUGUGGGGCUAGCCUUAGCUUACUUCAAGAAAGGACUCUUAGAAGAAAGUAUCAAAGCCUAUGAAAAAGCCUUGUCUGUUGCUGAGUCGGAAAAAGAUAAAGCACAUAUCCUGACUGCCUUGGCAAUAAUAGAAUAUAAACUGAACAAAGUGGAUGCUGCAAAGACACUGCUGUUUAAAUGCUCAUUAAAGGAACCUAGUACAGAAAGUCUGAAGGCUUUGUGCACACUGGGAUUGGUAAAGCAGGAUGCAACACUUGCAACAGCAGCCCUUAAAGAAUUACUGAAGCUUGAAAAAGGGAAUGAUGGGAUUUAUGAGAGGUGUCUUAUUGCAUCUGCUGUUUAUGCAUUACAAGGUAGAAAUGUGGCAAUCCAGAGGGAAGUCUCCAAAGCAAUACACAGUUACCCUGAUAACUCUGCCCUUUGGUCUCUUCUGUCUCAACUAGUUCCACUGUAUGCAUCCAGAAAGCCAAAAGGAGGAGCUGUGGCAGGAAGUGUCGCAUAUACACUUGAUGUAAACCAUGGAAAGGAAGUCCUGCUGAAUAUUGCAGUUAAUCAGUUGGUAGCAGGAUGUCACAUGUUAGAAGAUAAGAAAAACAACCCUCUGAAAAAUAUUCAGAAGGCCAUCCAUCUCUGUCCAGAUAACCCUGCUGCUUGGGCAGUGCUAAUGGCAGCCUGUCAUGCUGAAAACACUGUUGUCUGUCUAAACAACACUGAACCGAAACGAACAGGUCUAGAGAUGACACUUGUGUCUACAGUUUCAGCCAAAACUGGAGAAAGUAACCUUCCACAUAAUUAUGUCCGCACUCUGGAAGACUGGUGUCUGUGUCAAGCUAUUACCAGUCUACAGGAGACUGGUAAACUGUCAGAAGCUGAAGCCCUUUGUAACAAGGGUUUAAAAAGCUGCCCUGAGCACCCAGCUCUGUUUUUGCUUUUGAGACAAGUUCAGUGUAAGCAGCUGUUGCAGUCUCACAAAGAACUUCCAGACAACAUCCUGGAGGAACUUCGCAAGACAGUCAUGUCCAGUUCAUCCUCAGCUGCAGCCUGGCAAUGGCUGGCAAAAAUAUAUCAGUCUCAGAGAAUGAUGACUGGAGCAGAGAUGUGUUACAGAAAGAGUCUGCAGUUGGCAUCACAACAGGGCAGCUGGAACGGGAAGUUAUCCAGUCUGCUCAGGCUAGCUAUGCUCGCACUGGAAAUCUGCAUGGCCAAUGUCCCAAAUGAACACUGGCCAUCCUUGGUUCAGGAGGCAACAACUGAAGCUUUGAAACUUUCUCCUUGUCCCUUGGCAGCUCUACUUCAAGCCCUGCUACAGUAUAAUCGCAAAAUGGGAGCAAGGGAGACUCGGCGAAUGUUGGAAAGAGUCGUUUAUCAACCAGCAAAUCCAGAAACCAUAGUGUCGGUGGCACGCUGGUACCUCCUGCAACAUCUGUAUGCCAAAGAUGAUUGUGAAUUAAUAGAUGUGCUUAUAGAAAAUGCCAAAGCUAAUGGAGAUGUUAGAGCUCUGGAACUAAAUGAGAAAUUGUCAGCAAGUGCCUAGAAUGGACUAUCUCAAGCAAAAUACUCUUACGUUCAUCCAGUUCAAUUAGUUCACCUUCCAGAAGUGUAUGGAUUUUGGGCUGUUUUGUUUGUUGUGUCUGAUUUAUUUUUUUCUGUUUCAUCAACUGCAGCCUUGUCUUUAGUUUUGCUUUUUCUUGAACAAAAGUAGGUUAUUUUCAUGUUGAGUUACACACAUAAAAUCACAUUUAUUUUGUAAAGAAAACUCUGAAAUGUGCUUUUCUUUUUUUCCCCCCACUAAUUAAACUUUGUUGCUAUUCACAAUAGAGUAUUUCCCCCCUAACUUAGGUAGCAAACAGAAUUCCCCUUUAUCUACUCAUGUGUCUCUGUCAGGCCUGAGGAUUCCUGGGCUCUGAUACCUUCUGGACCACAGCUAGGGCCCCCUCCCAGGAGUGCUGGUAGGAGUUGAGGGACAGGAGCAGAGUGUUCCUUUGGUCCAGGGGUCUUCUAGAUACCUUCUGUCCUGUCUGGGUCACCAGAACAGAUGCCUUGUGAAGGCUGACCUAGCACAGAGACUAGAUGGAGUUAAAGUAGGUAUUUAUUAGAAGGCCUCAAUGGAUCCACCUUGGGCAAGAGCCCAGCCAUGGCUACACCCAAGAUGAACCCAAAAUGGUCACAAAAAUGGAUGACUGGUCACAUGUCUCUCACUUUUAUAAGUUCUGGUCCAUUAGCAUAUUGGAGUUAAUUGUCCAAUUACAGCUUUACAUUAUGAAGUGCCAUCCUUGUUUUUCUCUCUUCAGUCCACGUUAUUUAUGCUCUUGGGGCCUGAGAUUUGGGUGGUUGUCCUUGGUCCCAAGCUAGGAAAGGAAUUGUUUUGUCUACCUACUCUGUGAAGAAAGCUUACCAUCCCUUAAUAUGAAGCUCAGACCCACACAUUAAAGCAGUACAGAAUCUGAAAAAAUAAAAGCUAAAACCUAAGGAAUCAUUUGGAUACAUAGAUGUACAAUUAUUAACUCCACUGCCAGCGAUGCCAGAUUUUCUUGGCUAAGAAGAGCUGGGUAGCAGACAACUUCUGUUAUCCCUUGGUAACUCAGCUGCUGAUUGCUUAAUUGGAUGAAUCAUGACAACUGUUCUUAAGAGAUGUUGUUAUUUUACUUUUAUGUACAUGAAAAUAAAAAAUAAAUAAUGACUCUGACCUGUGAAAGUUUA